AUGGCCAAGAAGUCAGUGUACCGAGAUACCGAGGCUUUCAAAUGCGUCUUCAAAUCGCUCAAUUGUGCACUCUGUUCAACGCCGUACUCAAAAACGGCAAAUGAAGUAAAUGCACCGACACAAACUUGGUGUUCUGAUAUUCAAGCAGUGUGCAUGGAAUGUUAUGAAGAACAACGAGCAAUAGCCCCAGCGAUUCGAGCACAUCAAUGCAAAGACCACAAUUGUUUCGAGUACAAGAGGCGUCCUUCAUAUUGCUUGAUGGAAUUGCUCUCAAGUGGGUGCUUUACGUUGAAUCAAAAUUUGAUGGGAUACGUUCAAACAACUCAAUCAAUCACAAUUCCUGAGUGUCCGAUUUGUAAUGAAGAAUACUCAAUCGAAAACUCACAAAGAGAACCAUUCAUCCUCUACUGUGGCCACGGGAUAUGUAAUGGGUGUUUUGCUAAAAUGUCUAAACCCAGAACCAAUUCGAUCUUCAAAUAUUGUCUCGUAUGUCCACAAUGCAAACUAAACGUUUCUUAUGCUCAAGAAUCAUGGGAGAAUCCAUUGAAAACCUUUCUGCGAGAACUUUACGAGAAAUCGGCGCAAAAAGAUGAUGAAAUGAAAAGCAUUUGUGAAGAUUGUAGAAAAGAGGUGCCUCUCCUCGAAAUGUUUCAAUGCAUGGAUUGUGGGGAUAAAAUGUUAUGCCCUCGAUGUUCUUGCAAGAAUCAUCGUCUUCAUCAGAUUAUCGAUCUUGAAGUUGUGGAGGUGAAGAAACUGGGGAAAGUGGCUCGCGAAACGAUCAUAACACAAAUUGGGGCCUACAAUGUCUGUUUCCCGGAACUUCAAUCGGAUUUGAUCAAGAAUUUGACUGAGUGCCAAAAGAAAAUUCUCAGUCGAGCCGAUCAACUCGGUUACCUCAAUGGAUUUGCAAAAGCAAAGGAGCAACAGGAGGCUUGCAUGGCAUUUGGCGAGAGAUUCGCGAAGAUUUACAAGAAAUAUUUGGGUGAAUUGCGGUCAGUCAACACCGGUAUUGAGAAGCUCAUCGAUGACAUCAACGAGUCGCCAAAA